AUGUCCCCUGACUCGUUCACUUCAACCUGGUAUUCCAUCCUGCUCGUCCUGGCCCUAAUCCCCACGGCCAUCUUCUUCGUCGACAUUCUCCGAUGGAUGCGUAUGCCCCCGGGACCAAGACCACUGCCAUUCAUUGGAAAUAAGCUCUCCAUCCCACGGAAACACCCAUGGAUCCAAUUCCAGGAAUGGAGCAAAAUCUAUGGCCCCAUCUUCACAAUCUGGAUCGGCCGUCGACCUACCUGCAUCAUCUCCGACGCCGACGUGGCUGCCGAACUCAUGGAAAAGCGCAGCAGCAAGUACAGCUCCCGCCCGCGGUUUGUCACUAUGGGCGAGCUCUACUGGGACAUGGCCACGAUGUUAGUCCAACCGUACGGUAAAGCGUGGUCUAUUCGGAGAAAGCUCCUCCACACGGCGCUCACACCGACCGCUCUCAGCCUGUACCAACCAGUCCAAGAGGCUGAAGCCGUUCGUCUGUGCAACCAGUUACUCGAAGCUCCUGCGAGCUGGGAGCGCCACAUUGAGCGCUUCACCUCCAGUAUCGUCUUCACCGUCAGCUACGGCCAUCGCAUCGACUCGCUCGAGGACAAGACGAUGAAAAAACGCCAAGAGUUCAUGGUCUACGUCGCCUCGCUCAACGUUCCGGGUGCAUUUCUCGUGGAAAGCCUACCCUUUCUCAAAUACCUGCCCAACGCCAUUGCGCCCUGGAAAGCCGAGGUCCAACGCCGUGGCCAUGAAGAAGCGGCGUUCAACAUGGCUCUAGUCGAGGAUGUCCAACAGGACCUGGACACGGCCAAGGACCCGUCUGAUGUUGCCGACAGCCUGUGCAAGAUCCUCCUCCUCGCCCGUAAGGCCAAUCCCGAAUCCUUCAGCAUUCUCUCCGACCGUGACUUUUCGUUCCUGCCAGCGGCUAUUUUCGGCGCUGGCAGUGACACCACCGCCUCGACCCUCUGCAGCGCCAUACUCGCCCUCGUCACCCACCCGCACGUCCUCCAGACCGCCCACGACGAGCUUGACCGCGUGGUCGGCCCGAACCGCCUACCCACCUUCGCCGACGAGCCCUCCCUACCGUAUAUCCGUGCCUUGUGCAAGGAAGUCCUGCGCUGGCGCCCGGUUUCCGUGCUCGGAGGCCAGCCGCACGCCACCAGCGAGCCCGACGAGUACGCCGGCUAUCACAUCCCCGCCAACACGACCGUCCUGGGCAACUCGUGGGCCAUAAACAUGAAUGAAAGGUACUACCCGAACCCGCACCGCAUGAACCCGCUGCGCUUCCUGUCACCCGCCGAGGUGCUCGUGUAUGCGCGCCCGGACGAGUCGGAUGACAAGGGCGAGCCGCACCCGAACAGCAAGAUGGGUCACAGCACCUUUGGCUGGGGCCGGCGUGUGUGCCCCGGCGCAGACCUCGCCGUGAAUAGCCUAUUCGCUGCCAUGUCCAAGUUGCUCUGGGCGUAUGACAUCAAACCUCUUAAAGGCGUCACAUACGACAUCUUCGACUACACCGAGGGGUUUAAUAUCCGACCGAAUCCGUUCCAGUGCGAGAUCCGUGUGCGCAGCAAGGCACAUAGGGAGGUUUUGCAGGAGAAUCUGAAGGGGGCAGAGAAGACGAUGGAGCGGUUUCCGGUGUUUGACAAGUCGGCGGAAUGGGUGGGCAUCUAA